AAAGUGACAGAGUGUGCUGGCGUGUUGGGCAGUGUAUAUUGUCUCAAAAUGUCGCGAGCGUGCGCGCCUCAGAUUCCAUUGUUUAUUAUCAAAAAGUGAUAAAUCAAAUGACUUUGCAAUAAUAUUUGUUUUGAUAUUUUAUAAUUUAUUAAUUAGUGAAUUUCAUGUUUGUUAUAGAACAGUUGUGUGUGAGUGAUUUACAUAUUUGUGGACUGUUUAAAUUGGGGACAUAAGGAAAAAAAUGCUCCAGUUAGUUGCGCGGCGGCCAUAUUAACAGGCGUGUUGGGAUGUGAUGCGCCGACUCGACCACGCCUACAAUGAGCUCUUUCCUCAUGAACGGUGGAUACCAGCCACAGCCCGACCCGAAGUUCCCACCCUCGGAGGAGUACAGCCAAGCGGACUACAUACCACCAGGGGAAUACUACCAGCAUCAGCUACAAUAUGGCUACCAACACCAAUAUCCUGUACAACUCGGCACGGGUUAUGGUUACGGAGGAUACUACCAUCCUCUACCACAGCAUCCACCUGUGGCUCCACCUCCACGACCGCCCGAGCCGUCUCAUCCGUCAGAUGCUGACCAUGGCUACAUCCCACAUAAUGACACCGCCCCAGGCUUAGCUGAACUAGGUUUAAGACUAGAAAGGCAUAUAGAAGAAGCUGCACCAGCUGCAAGGAAACUUCAGGCCUUAGGUCGAGAAGGAUCACCUGUGUCUGAAAUGGAUGAUGAGAGAUUACUCCUAGAUAGUCCGCCGGUUGAAGACGAUGACUCGUCGAUAUGUUCCGACAACACUGAUAGGGUCAUCUAUCCGUGGAUGAAGAAAAUACAUGUAGCUGGCGUGUCUAAUGGAAGUUAUCAACCGGGAAUGGAACCAAAAAGACAACGGACAGCGUACACGAGGCACCAAAUAUUAGAACUGGAGAAAGAAUUCCAUUACAAUCGGUACCUAACGAGAAGAAGAAGAAUAGAAAUAGCUCACACUCUAGUCUUAUCCGAGAGGCAAAUCAAAAUAUGGUUUCAGAAUAGACGGAUGAAAUGGAAAAAAGAUAAUAAAUUACCGAAUACCAAAAAUGUUAGGAGAAAAACUAAUCCAGCCGGCGUCACGACAACCACAACUAAAGGUGCACCAAAGAGUAGAUCAAAUAAGAAUACCAAUAAUAAUGAUAAGAAAAAAUCGAACAAUAAUGGUCGGCCUGAUAGUAUAGAAAACGUAACAGAUAAUAUAAUGAACGAAUUACAUUGUGUUGGGGCACAGCAGAACAUGACACACGAUCCAGCGAUCAGUCCGAUGUCGCAUCCAGGCAAUCAAAUGAAUCCGGGUCAUAUGACUGCACACCAUUUACAUAUGAUGGGAAUGCAUGCUGGUAUGGAUCCAUCUCUCGUUGCAAGCUUGUCUGCGCAUGGUUCACCAGUUGGUAACACUGGCUGUGGAACUGGUAUUGGUUCAGGAAACGCACCAGUAAUUAAAUCAGACUAUGGUCUUACCGCCUUAUAAUCUUUAGAAUGUAAAGGAGAUGCUAUAUUUUCAUUGAUGGACUUUGACUUAUUUCUUACCAUUCCUUCGUGUUAAAAAGGUGUUAUAAAGUGAUGAUUAUACAGUAACAUAAGUUAAUGUAAGUUGUGUAAGUAAUAAUAGUGUAUACCAGUCAUAAUUUUGGAUGUUUGGAUAUAGUUAAGUGGAAAACUUUACAAUGUCAAAAGUGUGAUUAUUUUAGGGUAGGAAUAGCCAUCUGAGUUUGGGUUUGUAUUUUACUCAUUAAGUCAUUGUCGACCAAUAAAUAAUAACUUAUGUUGUUUUACUAUAAAAUAAGUGUACUAUUAUGCAAAUUAAAAUAAAUUGGUUAUCAAUUAUCAGCGGGAUGGUUGAUUAUUUGGAAUUAUUUAUUUCGAAAAAUAUUUACCUAAGUAUAUAAAAAAAAUAAUUCUAAGACAGCUAAUUGAGUUGUUAAUGACGAUGAUGGUCAUGAUAUAUAAAAUAAAGAAAUAAGGGGUGUUUCUGUGAAAGCAAAAUUUGUUUAUUACAUAAUACUCAAUUGCACACAGAAAUAAUAUCUAAAUCAAUUUAAAAUUGCAGCCAUACCAGUUAGAUUCGAUUAUUAUUCUGCUACUAGAAAAAUUGUUUUAGGGUUAUACAUAGGUUAUUUUAUUUUUUAUAAAUUCUGUCAAUAUGUAAAUACCCAAUGAUAGCAAAAAUAUUGAUAAAUAAUGUUGAGAUAGAUUUAAUUGUACUCAAACCUUCUACAAAAAAUCUAUAAAAUACAUUAAUGAUAUUCUUUUGUUUUGUGAUAAUAUUAGUCUUAAUUCUAACUUUAUCUGAUUUUGUCACUCUGGUAUUGUUCUUCAUAAAUCAAAUACAAUUCUUAUUCAUUUUAUUUUAAAGUAGGUAUGUUUUGUCAAUGAAUUACUUCACAUCUUCAUUAUACUAUUAAAAAUUGCAUCAUGAUUAUAUUAUUAUAGCUAAAAUUGUGAUCUAGACAAUGACUUAGGUUUAAAUACAAAAUAAAAACUAUAAUUUUUAACGAAAACAUUGUUUUGUAACUACAAUAGUGAAAGAAAUGUGAAUAUAAAACCAAUAAAAUAUAGUCUAAAU